AUGGGCAAUUUACUGUGUAAACUUGUUUCCGCGCUCCGCCGCCGGCACCCGCUGGGCCGUCGCUCGCUGGUUUUGCGCCGUCGGGAUGCCAUCACAUCUGGCCGGGGCCACCCAGCCGCCCCAGCUCCUGCUUUACACCCUGGCCGCAGGCUGCUCAACCAGGACCGAGUGCCUUUAUCAUCCGGCUCUUACAUCGCGCCGAAAAGUUGGUACCCAAUCCAGCAGGCUGGGUACUCCCGUGUGGGCGUCCUACCCCUGGCGAACUUGAGGGAGUUGCCGAAGAAGAAGCCCGUCCUGUCCACUCGUAAUUCCAUGAUGUUCGGACCUUCGAGAACCGUCAGAAUUCCUCCACCAGGGCGCAAAAUUACUCUCCUGCCUUCACUCCCUGAGCUACAUGUUCAGGUAGGCAAGGCUGGGAAGCCGGUACCAACCAGUCACCGCCCACUUCCUUGCGCAAAGGAGAGUAAGGCGAUGGUCCGGGAAGAGCGCAGGGAAGUCGUGACAAAGGAGGAAGGUCACACAGAGGCCGAAGGAGAGGCCAACGGAAAGAUGAGUCCGUACCGCAGCGGGGCUGUGACAAGGACACCUAGGCCCCAGGAGACCGGCGGGCUCCUCCCGCCCCUCCAGUGCAGUCCCGAGCCUCCAAACCUCCUGCCGGUGCACCCAGAAGACAACGUCAGUGAGAAAGCCCAGGUGUCUCGGACGAAGCCUUCCUCCCAAAGCCCCGCCAUCUGCUCAGACGGCACUGCUGGAGACGGCCGGCCUCCCUCGCAGCCUGGCCCCCUGGCCUCGGUGCUCUCUGCCCCAAGUCCGUGCUGCAGCCUGCUGCCCGAGAGGCCAGUAGAAGAAGUGCUGGGUGAAGACCACCAGCCCGGCUCCCCAGAGUCACCGGUGUCCGGGAAGGCGCUGCAGCGUGAAGCACCUUCAGACCCCCCGCGGAGAGGCUCUUCUCCCCCGGGAGCUGCCGGCAGUAGGCGCCCCUGCAAGAGGAAGAUGCCCCCGCCGCUUUUUCUGCCGCUGCCGCCGCUGCUGCCGCCUCGGCCGCCACCGCUGCCGCUGCCGUGGGGUCGCAGUGACCUUCCCCCACCUCCGAAGCUUCCAGGCAUGACUCUCGCCAAAACCUGGGGCACCCUGAAACAAAACAUGGACCGUCAGCGGAACAGAAUCCUGAAGGAUGCAAGGAAGGCCAUGCGACGCCGCAGCACCGCUCCGCCCGCCCCAGGGACCACAGGCUGCCUGGCUCCGGUCAGUCACGUUUUGCAGGUCCCUCCUACCACCACCGACUUGGCCGACCUGUCCUCCAGAUUCCCCAAUCUGGCUGGCCUUCCACCUUGCCUGACACCUUAUACGGAUCGGGUGGCAAGACACACAGCCCCCUCUCAUUCUGCUAUUCCUGCAGAUCCUCUUCUUCCUCCAGUUUUCAAUCCCAUUGUGGGAAUUACCGUUAAGGAGGAUGCAGGCACUUCGUGUUCAGCCAGAGCAACACCACCUUUUAUUUCUGACCUCUCCACACCUCUGAGCACCCCAACCCUCCCCUUCCAGCCACCCUCCUACAGAAAUGAAUCCCCAACACCCAUGUGUGUAGAUUCUCCCCCUCCCUUAUACUUACUCACCCCUCUUCCAGACCCUCCCAUCGCUCCCCCUGUUCCAACUGAGCAGCCCAUCACUUCUUCUGCAGUCCCUGUGACCACCACAGUCAUAGCAUCUGCAAGUGUGACCCCCCCGUCUCCUUCAGAUUCGGGCAUCACUGACAUGGACACUACGCCCCCUUCUCAAGCUGUAAUUUUUCAGUCUCCCCCAGGUAUUGGGGUGGAGCAGACACACACUGCAGAGAGAUCAGACACCACCGGCCCAUUUGUGCCAAUGGUCUCCUGCCGCGCUUCAAUUUUUAACUAUCCCUUUGACUCCCAAACCAACCCUCACCCCACAUUUGCAGCCACUGAUGAGCAGCAGAGAGCCUCUGUUCUUCCCAGGCCCCCAUCUGGGGCUCCGGCUGCCGUCUUCCCCGGGCCCCCACCUGGGGAUCAGGCUGCCGCCAUUCCCGGGCCCUCAUCUGGGGCUCCGGCUGCCGUCUUCCCAGGGUCCGCACCUGCGGAUGCAGCUGCCGCCUUGCCCGGGCCCCCACCUGGGGAUCAGGCUGCCGCCUUGCCCGGGCCCCCACCUGGGGAUCAGGCUGCCGCCUUGCCCGGGCCCCCACCUGGGGAUCAGGCUGCCGCCUUGCCCGGGCCCCCACCUGGGGAUCAGGCUGCCGCCUUGCCCGGGCCCCCACCUGGGGAUCAGGCUGCCGCCUUGCCCGGGCCCCCACCUGGGGAUCAGUCUACCUCUGACUCCAAGGAGAACCACUACCCAUAUCACAUGGCUGUUCCUGGUUCUGAGAACACAGCACCCAGUGGCAGCAAUGCCUGGACCCAAGCCUCGACUUAUUUACCUGUGGAGUUGGUCAACAGAGUCCAGCCACACAGAGGAAGGAUAAUGGAUUCAGAUUUACCAGAUCCCCUGUCUUCCACCACCACCAUCAACAUGCAGCCGGCCUUUGUCUACAGCUCAGGUAUUUUCCCCAGGGAUGUAUCUGCUACUUCUGGUUUUGGAGUGGAUACCACAGUGCCCAGUACUGGAGACAGUAGCUUGCUGUCUGCUAGUACCACAUCAGGCCCACUGUUGAUGGGACCUGCAGCCUCUAUGGCUGGUGGGAGUUUUGGGUUGGUGUGA